AUGACUAUUCCUACCGAACGUCAAGUUUUGCCUUCUAAUGUCAGACCAUCUCAUUAUACUCUCACUCUCGCACCUGAUCUUGAGGAAUUUGUAUUUGAAGGAAGAGUUAAAAUUGACCUGGACGUCAAUGAUGCAUCUAAAACCAUUGUAGUCAACGUACAAGAGAUUGAUAUAAGCUCUGCUGUGCUAUCUGUUGUCUCGGGUGAAACUCAAACUUCCACCAAGAUUACCUAUGAUGAGGACCUUCAGAUUGCUACCCUGUAUUUUGCUAAUGAAGUCAAGGCUGGUUCCAAGGCAGUACUUGACAUUUCCUUCAAGGGUAUCUUGAAUGACAAGAUGAAUGGAUUCUACCGCUCGACAUACAAAGAUUCCGAAGGAAAUACAAAGUAUUUAGCUUCUACUCAAUUUGAAGCCACUUCUGCCAGACGCGCUUUCCCUUGCUGGGACGAGCCAGCGAUAAAGGCAACAUUUGAUGUUACACUUGUGGUCCCUACUGAGUUGACCGCAUUGUCUAACAUGGACGUAGUUUCUGAAGAGGUACACGACUCCAAAAAGGAUGUUGUCUAUAGAACAACACCCAUUAUGAGCACAUACUUGUUGGCUUUUGUGGUUGGUCCUUUCGAGUAUAUUGAGGCCUUUACAUCCGGAGAACACAAUGGGCGUAAAAUCCGUUCUCGUGUGUAUACUCUGCCAGGUACAGCCUAUCAAGGUCGCCAUGCUCUCCAAGUAUGUACAGAGGCAUUGGAGUACUUUGCAAAGGUAUUUGGUGAACCAUAUCCUUUACCCAAGAUGGACAUGGUAGCCAUUCCCGAUUUCGAUUCAGGUGCCAUGGAGAACUGGGGUUUGGUUACCUACAGAACUGUUGCCCUUUUAUUUGAUGAUGAACGAUCUUCAAUCGAAACCAAAAAGACGAUUGGCUAUGUUGUGUGUCAUGAACUUGCCCAUCAAUGGUUUGGUAACUUGGUGACUAUGGAGUGGUGGGAUCACUUGUGGUUGAAUGAAGGUUUCGCUACCUGGGUUGGUUGGUUUGCUCUCGACCACAUCCACCCAGAGUGGGACGUCUGGACAAACUUUGUGACAGACUCUUUGCCCUCAGCUCUCGUUCUUGAUUCUCUCAGAUCUUCUCACCCGAUCGAAGUCGCUGUCAAGGAUCCUAAAGAGGUCUCCCAGAUCUUUGAUGCCAUCUCAUAUCUCAAGGGUGCGAGUGUCAUCCGUAUGUUGAGUUCUUGGUUAGGCGUCGAGACGUUUUUAGAAGGUAUCCGCCAGUACAUCCAGGCACACAAAUUUUCGAAUGCUUCUACAGAUGAUCUUUGGGCUGCCUUGAGUGAUGCUGCUGGCGUAGAUGUAUCCGAGUUCAUGACUCUCUGGACACGUCGUGUUGGUUACCCCCUCUUGAGAGUGACAUUGAAUGGAUCUGGAUCUAUUACUGUUACCCAGACCCGCUAUCUUUCUACUGGUGAUGUCAAGGAAGAAGAAGACGAUACUAUUUGGUGGACACCCCUCAAUAUUCUCACCCCAGAAGGUCUCGAAAGCUACACACUGACAGAUAAAUCUCAGACAUUCUCCGUACCUUCACAUGGAAUUUUUAAGAUCAACGCUGGUCAGAAAUCGAUUUACAGAGUCAACUAUCCACUUGAGACCAUCGAGAUCCUCUCCAAUGAAAUCAAAAAAGGACAAGAUGGCCUCUUGAAAGAUUCGUCAGACAGAAUUGGCUUAAUUGAUGAUGCUGCUAACCUAUGCAUAAGUGGAGAUCAAAGCACAGUUGCUUUCCUUCGUCUUGCUCAAAACUUUGAGAAUGAAACCGAUUAUUUCGUCUGGUCCCAAAUUACCAUAUACCUUGCAAGAAUCAAGCGCGUGUGGGGAUACCAGCCUACCGAAGUACAGGAUCAACUCACUGCACUAACCCGUCACUUGUUUGUACCCGUAAUUAACCGCUUGGGAUGGGAGUUCCAUUCUACUGAGGAUGAUAUCACAAAAAGCUUGAGAGUUAUGGCUAUUGACCAGGCUGGUGACUCCAAGGACCCUGCCACAAUCCGAGAGGCCAACGAACGUUUUGAUCGACUGAUCAAGGGUGACAACGAUGCUGUGUACCCCAGUGUUCGCGGCGAGGUUUAUCGUAUUGUUAUCAAAUCAGCUGAAACCGAAGAGGAAAAGCAUCAAAGAUUCGAAGAGAUCUUGAGCAUUUACCACGAUGAAAGUCUGCCCAAUGAUCAGCAGUUGAAUGCACUUAAAGCACUUGGUUCGAUCAAGAGCGAUAUUCUUUUGAAGAAACUCUUGCAAAUGAGUUUAGACGAGAAGCAAGUUCGUGCACAAAAUAUAUUCAGCAUCAUCACUCCUAUCGCAAGAAACCAUGAAAGUCAUGCUUUGUAUUGGGAGUUCUUUAAAGAGAACUACUAUCUCUUUGAAAAGAAGUUUGUUAACUCCAUAAGUACGCUUGGUUCACUUGUUCAGUUAGCCAUCCAAGGAUUUGUUUCGUUAGACAAGAUCAAAGAGGCAGAGGAAUUCUUUGCGGACAAGGAAAAAUCUCCGUAUGUUCGCCCACUCGACCAGGCGCUCGAGGCUGCCAGAGUGAACGCCAAGUGGCUCUUGAGAGAUCAUGACAGUGUAGCUUCCUGGGCUAGUGCCUAUGCAGUUGCCACACAAGUAUAA